AUACAAUGGCAGACUUGGAAAGAAUUUACUUUCCGAUCCCAAGACCAGAUGCCAGUACUACUCCGACAUGCGAUUAUUGUCAGUUUACCGAGACGAUACCUGACGGCGAUUUUAGGGAACUCAGAAAAUCUGGUACAGCUGAAACGUUAACCACUGAUCCUCAACUCUGUCUGCCAUGUAAUUCAACCUGCGACUCAGGAACAACAGGUGAAAAGGGGGAAAAAGGAGAUACAGGACUGACAGGACCAAAAGGAGAUACUGGAGCAGCCGGACAAAAUGGCACUGCUGGACCGACAGGACCAAAAGGAGAUACUGGACUGGCAGGACCAAAAGGAGAUACUGGAGCAGCCGGACAAAAUGGCACUGCUGGACCGACAGGACCAAAAGGAGAUACUGGACUGGCAGGACCAAAAGGAGAUACUGGAGCAGCCGGACAAAAUGGCACUGCUGGACCGACAGGACCAAAAGGAGAUACUGGACUGGCAGGACCAAAAGGAGAUACUGGAGCAGCCGGACAAAAUGGCACUGCUGGACCGACAGGACCAAAAGGAGAUACUGGACUGGCAGGACCAAAAGGAGAUACUGGACUGGCAGGACCAAAAGGAGAUACUGGAGCAGCCGGACGUAAUGGCACUGCUGGACCGACAGGACCAAAAGGAGAUACUGGACUGGCAGGACCAAAAGGAGAUACUGGACUGGCAGGACCAAAAGGAGAUACUGGAGCAGCCGGACAAAAUGGCACUGCUGGACCGACAGGACCAAAAGGAGAUACUGGACUGGCAGGACCAAAAGGAGAUACUGGAGCAGCCGGACAAAAUGGCACUGCUGGACCGACAGGACCAAAAGGAGAUACUGGAGCAGCCGGACAAAAUGGCACUGCUGGACCGACAGGACCAAAAGGAGAUAUUGGACUGGCAGGACCAAAAGGAGAUACUGGAGCAGCCGGACAAAAUGGCACUGCUGGACCGACAGGACCAAAAGGAGAUACUGGACUGGCAGGACCAAAAGGAGAUACUGGAGCAGCCGGAGGUAAUGGCACUGCUGUGAUAUUUGAUGUACGUGUUCAUUUUGGUGUUAAAAUGUAUGUGGAAAACGGAAGACUAAGAAUAGGCAGAAUUGAAAAUACUAAAUAAAGAAAGCCGUGAAAAAACAUAUUUACAGACAUCAUUAAU